AUGCAGAGCGUGGCGGUUCUACAGCACUUGCGGCAGCUCCACUUGCAAAGCGAACAGAUGAAUGAAGAGCAAGCUGCCGCCCAGCAGAGAGCAACACAGGACCAGGCAGGCCAGCUGGACCCAGCAGUCGGGGUUGGCCAAGAACAACAACAACAGCAGCAGCAGCAGCAGCAGCAGCAGCAACAACAACAACAGAUGCCGAAUCUGGAUGCAAACCACCACCAGGGACUGGGCCUACAACCAAACAACCCUGGAGCUGGUUUCCUGGCAGCCAUGUGGCCCCAUGUUUGGCUGGUUACUCGCCUGGUGUUGUUUGUAUGGUGGUUCACAAACCCCGAUGCCAGCUGGACCCGCUGGAUCAUGGUGAUCCUUAUUGCAACGGCCGUCUUCAUCUACAACACGGGUGUGCUUGACGGCCUUACUGACCAGAUCUGGACGCCCAUCCGUGCCCACCUCGACGGUCUUGUCAACCCUCAAAACGCAAAUGGCCAGGCUGGUGCACAGAAUGAGGCCGACGCUCAAAAUGCCGCGGUCCCUGCUGGCGAGGCGAAUACUGCUGUCAACGGUGCUGGCGAGGUUCCGCCCGCACCUCCCCCCGUUGGCCGUGCCGGUGGACGCGAACCCGACCCUGCCGAGGUGGCGGCGCGGCUGGUAGCACAGCGCCAGAUUAACAACGGCCACCGUCUGCGGGAUUUUGCACAGCGGCUGGAGCGCAUUGGAAUAAUGUUCCUUGCCAGCCUGGCUCCUGGCAUCGCCGAGCGGCACGUGGCUCUUGCGGAGGAGCGUGAGAGAGAGGAGCGACGCCGUGCCCAAGAAGAAGCGGAGGCAGCGAUUGCAGCGGCAGCAGAAGCACAAGCUCAAGCAGAAGCCGCCGCGGCGGCGGCGGCUACAGCAGCAGAAGAGGGAGUGAAGAACACCAGCGACGAGAAUGCAGAGACUGGCCAAGGUGCCCAGGAGGUGGAGCCCAGCUUGGAGGACGAAACUGCAGCCGUCGAUGCGCAGUGGCAGAUAGAGCAGCAGCAGCAGGUUGAGCGGGAUGCGGUGGCCGGUGUGCAAUAG